AUAUAUUCAGCAUGCUCCUGCACGAUAACCCCGCUAUCACGGAAAAACGAGACCCACUAAAAAGAAGAUUGAGUAGCGAUGAGCCUCCACCCCGCCCUGCUGCCGUUGCUCAUGCCCUCUCCCUGACUGGUGUCUGCCAAGCGUGGCGAGACAUCGCCUUGAAUAUACUGUUUGAGGACGCUUUCUUCGAGGACUCUCCCAAAACCAAAGUCGAUGUUGGAUACCCGCAGUGGAUAUGGCCAUCCAAAGUACUGUCGUCCCUGGCUGCUGCCCUCCACCUUGGCAUCGGAGCCAAGGUCCGGUCGAUGAGCGUUGACGUUGACCUCCGCCGACUGGUAAAUGGUGCAUCUCUGAGGGAGUGGCCAAACAACCCUGUCUACGGCAAGGUAUUCAACACAGUCAUGACCCUCAACAUCAACCUUGUUGCUGGCGUCGGUAUCGACCACAACGCACUGAAUAGCGACGACAGAUCCGAUCAGUUCUGCAGCAUCAUCUCCAAUGUGUUCCCCAAUGCCCGUGCCAUCAGACUGCUGCUGGUGGACAGGCACUGGGACAUCCUCUAUGGCGAAUUCAUGGAAACCAUGUACCUCAAACUCCUGGAUGGCAAAGGCAGUGUGACUCUAGGGCCGAGGGACACCCUGUUCCGUGCCACCGACUUUGACUAUAUUAUCCCUGAGAUCGACACCCCGCUCACUAAGCUCACUAUUCGUGACAUCCGGUCAUGCUCUGCGGCAUGCGACCUUAUCCGGAAGCACGCUAGUACACUGGAGGAACUAGAUAUCACAUGCCUCUGCGAGAGGUACAUGUUCUAUAUAGUGCAGGAUAUGGAUGAUGUUGAUGUGAUCUACCCACAGCUUCGCAAACUGUCAGUAAAAGAUGGCAACGGCAUAAACUCGCACAUAGAUAACACCAUAUGGACUGUAAACUGGUUCCCUGCGCUCGAAGACUUGUCAUGCAGCACUGAAUCCCCUGAAGUGCAUACCAUGGUCAUCAAGCUCACCAGCACUACACUGAAGCGUGCAGUUCUCAAGAUGUCAUCGGCAUGCUGCUAUAGUCUCCUUUAUGGAAACACAUUCGAUGACUGCCAGUAUCCAGAAAUGGAGUACUUUGACGCCACAUACACCACAACCCAGGACUACUCUAUGGAGACUAUUGACGCAUCUCUUCUCAUGGGCAGCACAGCAACGGUGUUAAGGUCGGUGGGCGGCGACACUCUUGCCUACAACGAAGUCAAGGAGGAUCUCGAAGCCACCAACCCCCUGCUCCAGGUAUUUGAGACGUCAAGCAUAGCCGCUACAUUUGAUGAGGCACUGGAGUUCGUCAAAUCGAGACCGCACUUGCGCCAAUUUGGCAUAAACAUCGUGUUCCCCGAGGAGCAAUUGGAUCAGUAUCUCGAACAUGCCCAGUGCUAUGGGCGGUGCACUGUUGAUUCAGAGAAGGAAACAGAGCACACCGAGGUGCUGCUUCCUGAGCUAAACGUUAGGUGCUUUAUCGACAACCACAUGGAUAUGAUUUGUGCCCAGAACGAUUAUCUCGAGGAGAUGUUCCGGAGGCACCAUCCGGUUUCUGAGCGACUGAUCGCAUUUGAGGCAACCAGAUACUGCAUGUUUGCUGCUCGUGAGUCGUUGGUGGUUGCCAGUGUGGUCAUUGUUCAUCUGGCACUGCUGUUCCCGACCGUCAACCAGAUCUACUGGGGAAUGAAGGAAUACAAACGCGUCAUAUACCGCAGUGACCUUCGGCAGCAUGCAUCGUUUAGAGCUAUGGAAGAGCGUCUACUUGCUUUAGUAUCUGGAGGCACCCUUGAAUAAUUUUUGUAAUGUGCUCACAUUCAUUCUGUUAGAGGGUUGUGAACUUGUAGCCUAUUGAGGAACGGGCUGAGACAUCCAAAGAUAUAUAUUGGAAGAGUAUGAAAGAACGUGGGAAAGCACUAAGGAGAAAAAUAGUAGAAAGUGAAGGAGCUCUGCCCUGGACCAGAUAUAU